GUUUCCCUAUGCAGCUAACCAACAAGAACAACUGAAUGAAGACGAAACCUAUAAAAAUGGUUUGAAGAAGAUAAGAACAAGAAUAUCAAAAACGAUGAAGUUCUGGAAGAUUCUCAAUAAUCAGAUCGAACAAACGUUACCGGAUUGGCGUGACAAGUUUCUUUCUUACAAGGAUCUUAAGAAACAGUUGAAACUAAUUGAUCCUAAAGAUUCUUCUUCUUCUUCGUCGAAACGACGUCGUUUGGAUGACGACGGUGCAACCACCACGGAUGGCGGCGAGGUGACGAAAGAGGUUAAUGAUUUUCUGAAGUUGUUGGAGGUUGAAAUUGAGAAAUUCAAUGGUUUUUUUGUUGAGAAGGAAGAAGAAUAUGUUAUCAAAUGGAAGGAAUUGCAAGACAAAGUGGCCUGGGCCAAGAAUUCUGAUUUAGAGUUGAUGACAGUAGGGAGGGAAAUAGUGGAUUUUCAUGGAGAGAUGGUUUUAUUAGAGAACUACAGUGCACUUAACUACACAGGUUUGGUUAAGAUAAUAAAGAAAUAUGAUAAGCGAACUGGUGCGCUACUUCGAUUACCUUUUAUCCAAGAUGUCUUGAACCAACCGUUCUUCAAAAUUGAUGUGCUUAACAAACUUGUAAAGGAGUGUGAGGUGAUGCUAAGUAUCAUUUUCCCCAAAAGUGGUCCUCUAGGUCAAUCCUUAUCAACCAGUGAUGUUUUUGAGGAAGUUUCGCGUGGCUCCACGUCUGCAAAUGAAACAAAAGAGACACUCGAGCAUGUCCCCAAAGAACUUUCUGAGAUCCAAAAUAUGGAGAACAUUUUCAUAAAAUUAACUACAUCAGCACUGGAUACCUUGAAAGAGAUUCGGGGUGGAAGCUCAACUGUAAGCAUAUACUCAUUACCUCCUAUGCAUAGUGCCCCUAACAGUGAGACUCUUGUAGAGGAUUGAAGGAAAAUAACAGGAUAGAUGCUGAGAGUUUGAUUCUCCGUCUUCUCAUGUUUCUGGAUUCUCUUCUGUGGAGAAAGUAGCUAAAUAGAUCAUGGCAAUAACUUGUGAGUUGUGAUAGGUCCUCUCCGACAUUGUCUUCUCUAUGUUGAGAACACACUCGGAAUGAAUUUGGAUGGAAUUUUGGCCUCCAUUUUGGAACAGUUUCGGAUGAUAGUGAAUGCAGCAUGAUUAUUUUUCCCUUUUUUUUAAUAAUGUAAAAUUUUCCUCAGAGUUAUAGAGGUGUCAUGCACUUUCUUAAAUUGGCAUCUAGCUUGUACCAAUAUGCUUACAAUUUGUGGGCUUUAUGUAGAUAAAAUCUAGAUUUUCAUACCAAACUCUUGGUUAAAAAGAGGUGGUUUGGGAUUUUGUAAUGCAUAUACUAAUUUUGUUUGGAGAAAAAUAUUUCCUAUGCAUGGGUAGCUUAGCUCUUUGUACCUGAA